CCGUGCUGCUGCCUCUCCUCAGGCUGUACCUAUGCGGAAUGAAAGUUCUCUUCUAUCAGAUGUUCAACAGAUCUUUCACGCUACCAGGUGCUCAAUAAGUGAAGGAACCGAUGGAGGGUAAAAGUUCAGGACCUUCAUGCUCUGGCCCCAAACUGGUGUCGCACCCGCGGGCAAAAAGCAAAGUCUGGAAAUACUUUGGCUUUGACACGGAUGCAAAUGGCUUCAUAUUGCACUGGAAACGGAUAUACUGUCGCGUGUGUAUGAGUCAAAUCGCUUACUCCGGAAACACCUCCAAUCUUAUGUACCACCUUGAGAAGAACCACCCCGUAGAAUUCAACGCAUAUGUGAGGAGCAACACGGAUCAGAUGCGCGAGGCGUUUGCCAUGGCGUUCUCCAGGAUAAAGACCGAGCCUUCGCUUGUACCUGUUCAGCAACCGUCCCAGGACACAAACCUAAAGCCGAGUUUAGAUGAUGAAAACAGGCGACACAGUGAUCUAACAAUAGCCGUCAUCAACUUCAUCUGUGAGGGGCUGUACCCUGUAUCUGUAGUUGAAGAGCCUACUUUCAAGACCUUGAUGAGUACCGUCGAUCCCGGGUACUCUCUACCGAGCAAAAGUGACGUGGCCGUUAAAAUGCUCCCUCAGAUGUACUGCCGUACCCGGGACAUGGUCUUCUGCGAGCUUGCUGGGGUUGUGAACUGUGGCGUGACCACUGACCUUUGGCAAAGCCAAACCCAGAAAAGGACCUACAUUUCGCUCUCUAUGCAUUCAGUUAACUACAGUAGUACUAUGGGCUUCUCUAUGAUCAACAGGUGUCUUAAAACCUUCGAAGUGCAAGAGGACAACACAGCUGAGAACAUCACCAGAGCGAUGUACGAGGCGUUCGUUGAGUGGGGGAUAACUCACAAAGUCAGUGGUGCCACCACAAACAGUUCAGUUGACGUUGUCAAAGCAUGCUCGCUCCUAGACCUGUCCGUGGAAAUGCCUUGCCUCGGACACACCAUCAACCGUGCGGUGGACGAAGCCUUCCAGUUGCCGCGUGUCGACAGCUUUUUGGGAUGUUGCCGAAAACUGGUCGACCAUUUUCAAGAACCGACGCUGUAUCUGCUGAAGGAGAAACAGAAGCAGCAUGGCCUCCCACAGUGUGCACUCAUCGCAGACAGGCCCAGGUCUUGGUUGGCCACGUUGGCAAUGUUGCAAAGACUGGAGGAGCAACAAAUUGCUAUAACUGCGACACUUGGAGAGAGUUCCAGCAGUCAUCAUUUCAGCUUUGAAGGCACUCACUGGGCUUUGUUGGAUGACUUGAUUGAAAUCCUUCAGCCUUUUAAAGUUGUGGCGAACAUGAUCACUUCUUGUAGGUACCCAACCAUCAGCAUGGUUCGGCCCGUGCUUCAUAUGCUGCUGAACACCACCCUCAAGGUCAAGGACGGGGACCUCAAAGAGAUCAGCAUGACCAAAGAGAUCAUCUCAAAGGUCCUAUCCAGCACCUAUUCACAGGAUACACCGCCGUCGCAAGACAUAGCAACGUUCCUCAACGUUGCUACAUUUUUGGACCCUCGGUACAAGAAGUUGCCCUUCCUGUCCACUCAGGAGCGCUCCAAAGUUGAGAGUACCAUCAUAGAGGAGGCGAAAGCGAUCCUGGAGAAGCAGAUUGCAGAGCGACCGUGCCUAGAUGAUUUCUCCUUGGACUCUGAUGAGCCACCGAGCAAAAAGCCUGCGCCUUUAAGAGAACCUGCCAGGAGUUCAACCCAAGACAACCCUUUGGCUGCCAUAUUUUGUCAGUUCGAUACAGACCAGAGCCAGGAGGAGCUGCAUGCACAGGUGUUGGAGGAGCUGAGCAACUACAAAGCACAAAGAGUCCUCGGUCUGAAUGAAGACCCUUUAUUCUGGUGGUCGAGUCAUGCGCCCUUGUUCCCCGCCCUCCCUAAGGUGCUCCAGAAGUACUGGUGUGUUCCUGCCACCAGUGUGCCAUGUCACCGGCUGUUCGGCUCCUCUGGGACUGCUCUGUGUGGGAAAAGGAACCGCAUAGCUCCAGCUUUAGUAGAUCAGCAGAUCUUCUUGUACGAGAACUCGAGAAGCUACUAUGAGCCUGAACCCUGUGAGGGGGAUUUGGACAACGUUUAGGAGAGCCUUUUGAGUGACUCUGUGCUUAAAAUAAGCAAAAAGUUAAAGAAUUGUGAUGACUUUAUUCCUUGUAAUGGAACUGUUGUAGCAGUAAUUACUUUUUUUUUUUUUUUAAGAGUUUUUACCUAUAUUGUCUUACAUAGUCCUUUUUAAAAUUAAUUCUAGAGAACUUGUUGUACUUUGUUAAAACAUGAGAUUGAAAUCAAUCUUCUCAUCUCAGGAAAGAAAAGAAACUUCAAACUGGAAGGAGUUUAUUAAAGCCUAUAAAUCAACUCUACAAAUCACUUUUUUUUUAUUUUGCCAUCGCAUUAAUCGGAGGAAAUCCUUAAACUGCUAGUCAUCACAUCUGUUCAGUAGAUGGUAUAAACCAAAUGUUUAUGGAUAUUUCAGCAUUAACAAUGGAUGGGUUUUAUGUCUUGCUGUGCAGAACACUGGCACAUGUGAUUAUGAUGUAAAAGCAAUCUAUGAAAGUAAAGGUUUUUGUCUUCAACAUUUUACUGACUGUUUGACUUUUUUAUUGUAACAUUGGUGCAUUUUUAUGAAUACACUCUCAAUUAUUCAUCUUUCACAGGGGCAACGUAUUUUAAAUUAUAUGAAUUGAUUCUUGAAUAAUUACAGAUUAGACGUUCCUGUCCUGACAUAGUUUAUGUAACACUACCUGCUCUUCACACAAACAUUGAAUCAUAUUGAGUCCUAAAAACAUCUGCAAAUGAAGGAUUGGAUAAUGUUGUCAUGUGAUCCGCUCUC